CGAAAACUGGGGCAAACAUACCUAACCUACCUACAUACUAUGUAGUAGUACCUAUGUUACAUACCUAGUACAUAGAUAUAUAGCAAAUCCCAUCGCCUAUAUUUCAUAUUUACACCACCAUUCAAGUUAUUACUAGCUGUUACGGCCGGCUAGAUCACCAACCGAGGCCAUGUCUACGACGAUGACCAUGCCAUUUCCAUCUAUAGCAUCUACUUCAAUAUCUACAAUGGCUACUGCAACCACAACGACAACCACGACAUCCUGCUGUCCCGGCUGCGGACUUGCACUCCCAUCUCCGCCCUCGUCCACAUCCACCGAUAGUGAGAACGCUUUGCUGGAGGCACAAAGACAAAUACAAGACCUGCAGGCCCAGGUCCGCCUCCUCAACCAGAAAGCCGCUGCCGCAGUCGACCGCUGGGCUGACUACGAAGACGAACUUUCCCGCUUACGAGCCGCCUCGCUUACCUCCGUCGCAACCACCACAUCACCCCGCAGCGUUGCUACCAGCAGCCCACGGUCCUCGUUCCUGGUAUCUGGCGUGGCAUCUGGUGCCGCAGCGCGUAUAAGUCAGCUUUUGUCCCCGCGCAAAUCGGUGCCGAACCUCGCGACCCAGGUCAAAGGCCGCGGCUCUAUCUCGUCACCAUACUUGCCGCAUCCUAACGGGAACGCGAAUGGGGCAAAUGGCAAUCUUCAACCCCAACAUAGCCCAAACCCCAGCACGGAUCUCAGCACGGAUGAUCUGCUAUCAGCAUUGUCGCGCGAGAAGGAGCUGCGCGCCGCGGCCGAGGGAAAACUCGACGACACGAGUAGGGAAGUCGAGGAGCUAAGCGCGACGCUAUUCGAGCAGGCUAAUGAGAUGGUGGCGACGGAGCGACGGGCAAGGGCGAAGCUAGAGGAGCGCGUUACGGUGCUGGAGCGUCGCGACGUCGAGAAAAGGGACCGGCUGGAGAAGCUGGAGGGCGCGAUGGGAAGGCUGGAGAGGGUGAGGUCGUUGCUUAACGAGAACUGAGAUGGUUCGGUUAACACCAAGUCUGGAUAUCCAGUUGGCGCCAUGCAACACCUUAACCUCUUUAACAAAUUGCCAUUCGGGGUUAAAGCCGGGUUCUAAAUUACACUUUUCGGGAAAUGCGGCUAAGGGUGGAUCGAACCGACUACCCGUACGGAAUCGACGAAUCCAUUAUCGCGUCUCACGAGACGCUAAUCGAGUCAUGACAUGAAGUCGUGACAUGAUAUUACGAAGACUAAAAUGGCAGACAAGCCAGGCACGAGCACGAGCCACAAAUUCUGAACUUUUCCAUCCCCCUUAUAUACGUCUAAGGUUAAGGGU